GUCGAUGUCUAUUGGGGAGUUAGCGACGUGGCGCUACUGCUGCUUAUCGUUUUGGUGGUGUUCGGAAACGGUGUAGUCAUCCUGGCCGUGCUCAUUGAUCGGAAGCUAAAGACCGUGACGACGAACAAAUUCAUUGCCAGCUUAGCCGUCAGCGAUCUACUGGUCGGAUUGGUCGUCAUGCCGUUGUCGCUCUAUUACAAGAUCCACAACGACGAAUGGACGUUGGGCUACACAUGGUGUCAGUUCCAUCUCGUUUCGGGCGUUUUUUCCACCACUGCCAGUAUUGUACAUCUAGUGGCGAUCAGCUUAGAUCGAUAUUUUGCCAUUAUGUUCCCGACUGAAUAUCAACGGCACAGCGUCUCCACGUCAACAUGCCCGUACCUGGUAAUGAUAUGGCUUAUGGCGUUAGCGGUCAGUUCGACGUUGUUCAUGGAACAAAAACAGCUUUCCACCUCCAUUUGUUGGAUUGACAAUCCGCAAUAUAUU